GACGCCUGCGUAGCAUGCAAGAAUAUCCCCAAGAAAUGUUUGAGAACAUGUGGCCUAAAACAAUAUUGGUGGUUGCGUGCAGGUUGCAUGUAAGAUCUGAAGUGAAAUGGGUCGCGAUGGUCUGUCAUUUUUAAAAAGUGGGUCCCCAGAAAAAAAGUUUGGGAAACGCUGUUCUAGGCUAUAGCGGCGCCUAACUGACAGUUACUCUGAUAGAAAGUGAAAGGUUGUAGUUAUCGCCAUUUCAGUGUUCGCGAAGACGGGUGUAGCCGACAGGCUUUGUUAGAGACGUCUUGGAAAAUUUACAUGUUAAAGGACCUAUUUCGUGUUGCCUCUUUUGCCAGCUUGUCUGCUUCCUCAUUACCACCAACUCCUUUAUGAGCAGAUCAAAUAAACAAAGAUCUCCAUCUCCGGCGCCCAGCUUGGGCAGUGAUGACUCCAUGAGUGAUCGUCCCGAAUUCAGCGGUGAAUCACCACCAUCUGAAUCAGAAUCAAAUAAACAAAGAUCUCCAUCUCCGGCGCCCAGCUUGGACAGUGAUGACUCCAAGGAUGGCCCUCCCGACUUCAGUGGUGAAUCACCAUCCUCUGAAUCAGAAUCAAAUAAACAAAGAUCUCCAUCUCCGGCGCCCAGCUUGGACAGUGAUGACUCCAAGGAUGGCGCUCCCGAUUUCAGCGGUGAAUCACCACCCUCUGAAUCAGAAUCAAAUGAACAAAGAUGUCCAUCUCCGGCGCCCAGCUUGGACAGUGAUGACUCCAAGGAUGGCCCUCCCGACUUCAGUGGUGAAUCACCAUCCUCUGAAUCAGAUGUUGAGACUCGUUUGACAGAGCACAAGACACAUGAAAUUGAACAGAAACCACAAGUAUCACCAGCAAAAGUCAGUUCACUUCAAUGGAGCAAAUCAGGUAUUGCAUGGAUGGUGCCGAUUGUUUUGGCUGUCCUGGUGGCACUCUAUGCCGGAUUUUACCACCAUUCUGAAGAGCUGCCUUUGGCUACGCUGACUAUAGAGCCCCAGAGUCCUGUGUUCACGGGAGAGACGGUCACUCUGAAGUGUGUGAUAGAGUCUCUCAGUGGCUGGACAUACAAGUGGUAUAAGGGGUCCAGCAGAACCCCAGUGUCUGAGGGAAACACCUUCUCCAUCAUUGGAGCUACUGAGUUUCAUAAGGGCCAGUACUGGUGUCAGGGGGAGAGGAGAGACAGACCCACAUCAUCACAACCAAGUGGGAAAACAACUCUUGAUAUCAAAGAGCUGCCUUUGGCUACACUGACUGUAGAGCCCCAGAGUUCUGUGUUCAUUGGAGAGACGGUCACUCUGAAGUGUGUGUUAGAGUCUCUCAGUGGCUGGACAUAUAAGUGGUAUAAGGAGCCCAGCAGAACCCCAGUGUCUGAAGGAAACACCUUCACCAUCAUAGCAGCUGCUGAGUUUCACAAGGGCCAGUACUGGUGUCAGGGGGAGAGGAGAGACAGACCCACAUCAUCACAACGAAGCGGGAUAUUAGCUCUUGAUGUCAAAGAGCGGGAGAUUAACAUUGAAAUCAGCCUGCAACAGCCCUUUAUCCCAGAGCUGGCAAAUACCUCCUCACCAAGGUUUAAGAGCUUGGCUGCAGAUGUUUCAACAGUGCUAAAUAAAAUGUACUCUGAAAAGUUUGGAUCCCAAUUUCUUGGCACACACAUCAAUAGUAUCAGACCAGGAUCGGUUGUUGUGGAUUUUGUCCUGUUAUUCAAGAACAUUUUUCUGGACACUAAAAAUGUGACAUCCAUUCUGAAAGAAGCUGUUGCUGAAAAUCGUCCAGAUGUGUCUGUGCUUCCCAUCAAGCUCAACAGUAUAGUUCAUAAACCUUGGCCUUUGGCUACACUGACUGUAGAGCCCCAGAGUCCUGUGUUCACUGGAGAGACGGUCACUCUGAAGUGUGUGAUAGAGUACCCCAGUAACUGGACAUAUAAGUGGUAUGAGGGGUCCAGCAGAACCACAGUGUCUGAGGGAAACACCUUCACAAUCAAUGGAGCUACUGAGUCUCAUAAGGGCCAGUACUGGUGUCGGGGGGAGAGGAAAGACAGACCCACAUUAUCACAACCCAGCAGAGUGUUAACUCUUGAUGUCAAAGAGCUGCCUUUGGCUACACUGACUGUAGAGCCCCAGAGUCCUGUGUUCAUGGGAGAGACGGUCACUCUGAAGUGUGUGAUAGAGUCUCUCAGUGACUGGACAUACAAGUGGUAUAAGGGGUCCAGCAGAACCCCAGUGUCUGAGAGAAACACCUUCACCAUCAUUGGAGCUGCUGCAUCUCACAAGGGCCAGUACUGGUGUCAGGGGGAGAGGAGAGACAGAUCCAUAGCAUCACAACCAAGCGGGACAAUAACUCUUGAUGUCAAAGAGCUGCCUUUGGCUACACUGACUGUAGAGCCCCAGAGUCCUGUGUUCAUGGGAGAGACGGUCACUCUGAAGUGUGUGAUAGAGUCUCUCAGUGACUGGACAUACAAGUGGUAUAAGGGGUCCAGCAGAACCCCAGUGUCUGAGAGAAACACCUUCACCAUCAUUGGAGCUGCUGCAUCUCACAAGGGCCAGUACUGGUGUCAGGGGGAGAGGAGAGACAGAUCCAUAGCAUCACAACCAAGCGGGACAAUAACUCUUGAUGUCAAAGCUUGGCCUUUGGCUACGCUGACUGUAGAGCCCCAGAGUCCUGUGUUCAUUGGAGAGACGGUCACUCUGAAGUGUGUGAUAGAGUCUCUCAGUGGCUGGACAUAUAAGUGGUAUGAGGGUUCCAGCAGAACCCCAGUGUCUGAGGGAAACACCUUCACAAUCAAUGGAGCUACUGAGUCUCACAAGGGCCAGUACUGGUGUCAGGGGGAGAGGAGAGACAGACCCACUGCAUCACAACCAAGUGGGAAAACAACUCUUGAUGUCAAAGAGCUGCCUUUGGCUACACUGACUAUAGAGCCCCAGAGUCCUGUGUUCACUGGAGAGACGGUCACUCUGAAGUGUGUGAUAGAGUCUCUCAGUGGCUGGACAUACAAGUGGUAUAAGGGGUCCAGCAGAACCCCAGUGUCUGAGGGAAACACCUUCACCAUCAUUGGAGCUGCUGCAUCUCACAAGGGCCAGUACUGGUGUCAGGGGGAGAGGAGAGACAGACCCACAUCAUCACAACCAAGCGGGAAAACAACUCUUGAUGUCAAAGAGCUGCCUUUGGCUACACUGACUGUAGAGCCCCAGAGUCCUGUGUUCAUGGGAGAGACGGUCACUCUGAAGUGUGUGAUAGAGUCUCUCAGUGGCUGGACAUACAAGUGGUAUAAGGGGUCCAGCAGAACCCCAGUGUCUGAGAGAAACACCUUCACCAUCAUUGGAGCUGCUGCAUCUCACAAGGGCCAGUACUGGUGUCAGGGGGAGAGGAGAGACAGAUCCAUAGCAUCACAACCAAGCGGGACAAUAACUCUUGAUGUCAAAGAGCUGCCUUUGGCUACGCUGACUGUAGAGCCCCAGAGUCCUGUGUUCAUUGGAGAGACGGUCACUCUGAAGUGUGUGAUAGAGUCUCUCAGUGGCUGGACAUAUAAGUGGUAUGAGGGUUCCAGCAGAACCCCAGUGUCUGAGGGAAACACCUUCACAAUCAAUGGAGCUACUGAGUCUCACAAGGGCCAGUACUGGUGUCAGGGGGAGAGGAGAGACAGACCCACUGCAUCACAACCAAGUGGGAAAACAACUCUUGAUGUCAAAGAGCUGCCUUUGGCUACGCUGACUAUAGAGCCCCAGAGUCCUGUGUUCACUGGAGAGACGGUCACUCUGAAGUGUGUGAUAGAGUCUCUCAGUGGCUGGACAUACAAGUGGUAUAAGGGGUCCAGCAGAACCCCAGUGUCUGAGGGAAACACCUUCACCAUCAUUGGAGCUGCUGCAUCUCACAAGGGCCAGUACUGGUGUCAGGGGGAGAGGAGAGACAGACCCACAUCAUCACAACCAAGCGGGAAAACAACUCUUGAUGUCAAAGACCCUGCUGAUAUUGUCUUCUUAAUGGAUGGAUCUGGGAGUGUCAGAGCAAAGCAGUUCUUGGUCAUGAAAACGUUUGUGAAAAAUGUGACCAGAAGUCUCCUGAAGUUUAACACCGCAUUUGCCUUUGCACAGUACUCCAAAGCAACCAGCAUCCAUGUGGCCUUUCAUCAGUUUCAGAGAACAGGAUGGGAAAAUCAGUUGGACAGUAUCAAGCAGAGAGGAGAUGGACCCACAUAUACUGCAGAUGCUGUCCGGACCGUUGUGAAAGACCUGUUUGAUUCUUCUGCUGGAGCAAGACCUGAUGCCCAUAGAAUCCUCAUUGUCCUCACAGAUGGGGAAUCUUUCGACGCUUCAAGCUAUCCCAGUGUCAUGGCACUGGCUGAUGAAAAACAUAUUACUAGAUAUGCUAUUGGGAUUGGAAGUGCCUUCAACAGUAAGUCAGCACAAGAUGAGCUCAGGAGAAUCGCAUCUUCACCAGACCAUGUGUUUAGAGUGGACGACGUUGAGGCACUGAACAACAUCAUCGGCAGACUGGAGAAGAGCAUCCAGAUGUCUGUGAGCUCACACUGGACCCAAACAUAGCAGACAGAUAUCUCUCUCUCUCUGAGGGGAACAGAAAGGUGACACCUGUCAGUGAGGAGCAGUCAUAUCCUGACCACCCAGAGCGAUUUGAAUGGCAGCAGGUGUUGUGUAGAGAGGGGUCUGUCUGAACUCGGCUACUGGGAGGCUGAGUGGAAUGGGAAUGGAGCUCAUAUAGCUGUGGCCUAUAAAAGCAUCAAGCGGAAAGGGCAAGAUCAUGAUCCUGCUCGGAUAUAAUGCCAAGUCCUGGAGUCUGGUUUCAUCACAGUUAUUCUGCCAGACACAAUAAUACAGACUGCCAUAAUAUUUGCCCCCUCCCCAUAUAUCAGAUACACCGAUGUGACUGGUGCCCCAUGAGACAAGGGACAUAUGUAAUGAGCAUCAUUAUUCAUUGCCAGAGUGAGUCGCUGAGAAAAUUCAAAUUGUUCCCGUGAGAACUCUGGAUUUCCAGGGUAACUCCUCAGUGCUCCUGUGUCAGAUCAUAUGAGCAGUAUUUAUGUUACUCAUACAGUAUUGGCACAGCCACACAUGUUACACACACACACACACUCAUGCUGCAGGAACUCCAGACACACACUCAUGUUCAUACACACAGUGUGAUGGUCUUAUGCUGUGUAAAAGUAUUCUGGCCAAAUACUUCUGAUAGUGUUCAAAAUGUUGAUAUUGGUUUCUCACUUGCAACACUGUUUAAAUUGUGGUCUAUAUGAACGUUAUAACAACAAUGCAACAGUGUAUUUUCCUGUUCUCCAUGAGGUUUAGUUAUUUGCAUACUUACUGCAUUGCUUAAAUUGUGGUCAAUAAGAAUGUUUUAGCAACAAUCCAUUAGUCUGCUCUCCAAGUGAUUCAUUUUUUUGCAUUUGUUUGACAAUUGUGUGCAAAUCUGGAGUAUGUUGAAUGAGUAGUUAGUGUAUAUAGUGUAAGAAUAAACACCACACACACACACACAUCUUGCAAUUGGCACAGAAAAAAAACCUGUAAGGCGAUAUUCGUGUACGGUUCAUUCAUGUUUGGUUGUUUCCACGGAUCAUCCAAUGUUGCGGUUGGUAUAUAAGUUGACUACUCUCUACUUUGAAUAAAACAUGAAAAUGAACGCAA